UUCCUACGAUUGUCUGCGUGAUGAUCCCUUCGAACAUGACUGGCCUUCCCUUCCACAGCUGCCAGGAAUUCACUACUCCAUGAAUGAGCAGUGCCGUUUUGAUUUUGGUUUGGGCUACAUGAUGUGCACAGCUUUCCGUACGUUUGAUCCCUGCAAGCAGCUGUGGUGUAGCCACCCCGAAAACCCCUACUUCUGCAAAACAAAGAAAGGGCCUCCGCUGGACGGGACCAUGUGCGCACCAGGAAAGCAUUGCUUUAAAGGUCACUGCAUCUGGCUGACACCAGACAUCCUGAAGCAGGACGGCCACUGGGGAGCUUGGAGUAAGUUUGGCUCUUGUUCUCGCACCUGUGGCACCGGGGUGAAGUACCGGACACGGCAGUGUGACAAUCCGCAUCCCGCCAACGGAGGCCGCACGUGCGUGGGGCCGAGCUACGAAUUCCAGCUGUGCAACACCCAGGACUGUCCAAAGGACCUGGAAGAUUUCAGAGAGGAGCAGUGCCGGCAGUGGGAUCCCUACUUUGAGUACCAGAACACGAAGCACCACUGGCUCCCCUACGAACACGUCGAUGCUAAGGAAAGGUGCCACCUGUACUGCGAAUCAAAGGAGACGGGGGAUGUGGUGUAUAUGAAGAGGAUGGUACACGAUGGGACCCGCUGCUCCUACAAAGACGCUUACAGCAUCUGCGUGCGGGGAGACUGCUUGAAAGUUGGGUGCGACAGGGUCAUCGGUUCCACGAAGCAGGAAGAUAAGUGUGGUGUUUGUGGAGGAGAUAAUUCCCACUGCAAAGUGGUGAAAGGAACUUUUUCAAGAGUACCAAAGAAACAAGGGCACAUUAAGAUGUUUGAAAUUCCUGUUGGUGCGAGACAUUUACUUAUACAGGAAACAGACGCCACCAGUCAUAAUCUCGCAAUUAAAAAUCGUGAAACAGGGAGAUUCAUUCUAAGCGAAGACAAUUAUGUGCCAGACUCUAAAGUAUUUAUUGACAUGGGUGUGGAGUGGGAAUAUCGGAACGACGAUGAUAGAGAAACUGUGCAGACCAUGGGGCCGCUGCGUAAUGGAAUAGUUAUUCUGGUGAUUCCUCACGGUGGUGCCAAGAUAUCUUUGACUUACAAGUACAUGAUCCAUGAAGAUUCCUUGAAUGUAGAUAACAAUAAUGUUUUGGAAGAGGACUCGGUGUCGUAUGAAUGGGCUUUGAAGAAAUGGUCCCAGUGUUCAAAACCUUGUGGAGGAGGCUACCAAUUCACAAAAUACGGCUGCCGGAGGAAGACAGACCACAAGAUGGUUCAUCGGAGUUACUGCGAGUUGAUCCAAAAGCCGAAGCCUAUUCGCAGGGUGUGCAACCUCCAGGAGUGCUCCCAGCCCAUAUGGGUCACAGGAGAAUGGGAGCCUUGCAGCAAAAGCUGUGGGAAGACAGGCUAUCAAGUACGAUCUGUCCGAUGUAUCCAUCUACACGACAAUACAAAUCGGUCUGUUCACACCAAGUACUGCAACAACGACCGUCCCGAAGGCAGGAGGCCUUGCAACCGGGAGCUUUGCCCAGCGCAGUGGAGAAUCGGACCCUGGUCACAGUGCUCUGUCAGCUGUGGCAACGGCACGCAGGAUCGCCCGGUCCUGUGCCGGACCAGGGACAACGUUGUCGGCUUUUGUAAAGAGAAUAAACCAGAGACCGUAAGGGUUUGCAGACUACCUCCAUGUCCAAGAAACGUUUCUGAUCCUUCAAAGAAAACCUACAUGAUACAAUGGCUGUCAAGACCUGAUCCAGACUACCCCAUCCAGAAAAUCUCUUCAAAAGAUCAUUGUCAAGGAGACAAGUCAAUGUUUUGUCGCAUGGAGGUUCUCUCUCGUUACUGCUCAAUCCCUGGUUACAAUAAGCUGUGCUGCAAGUCCUGUAAUAUGUACAGCAACAUAACCGAGGACAACAACGUAACUGAUUCUAACGUAAAUAAGAAUAACGUCAUUGACGAGGAGCUCCUGACAACCCUCAGCCCUCCCGUGGGAGUGUCCACCACCCAGUCUGCCACCAGCCCUCCUCUGGUUUCCAAAACACGUGCACCUCCUUCCAACGCAACCGAGGAGCACCCAGAAAUCAAUGCGGUGGAUGUUCCCUAUAAAAUCGAUGGGUUGGAUAACGAAGUAUCACAGCACAACAUCAUUACACGGAGGAGGAUACCUUAUGAAAGGACAAGGAAUCAAAGAAUUCAGGAGCUGAUUGCCGAGAAAAGGAAAAAAGAGACUCUUAGGAAAAUAAACUAA